AUGAGCUCUACCGACAACACCGAGCCCAAGGUCGAGGAGACCAAGCCCGAGGAGGCUGCUCCCGCCGCCGCCGCCACCACUGAGGCCGCCACCACCGAGGAGGCCAAGGCCCCCGUCACCUCGUCCUCCGUCUUCUCCAUGUUCGGCGGCGGCGCCAAGAAGGAGAAGAAGGAAGAGGAGGAGGACCGUGGCGACAACUCGGGAAGCGCCAAGGCCCAGCGCGAUGCCGCUGCCGCCAACGAGGCGUGUAUUCUGACGUUUUGCGCCCGCCCACAGGAGGAGGCCCCCGAGUCCGAGGACGUCCACUUCGAGCCCGUCGUCAAGUUGACCGAGAAGGUCGAGACCAAGACCAACGAGGAGUCCGAGGAGCAGAUGUUCAAGAUGCGCGCCAAGCUCUUCAAGUUCGUCAAGGACACCAGCGAGUGGAAGGAGCGCGGCACCGGCGACGUGCGCCUGCUGAAGCACAAGGAGAACGGCAAGACCCGUCUGGUCAUGCGCCGUGACAAGACCCUCAAGGUCUGCGCCAACCACUACAUCGUCCCCGACAUGAAGCUGUCUCCCAACGUUGGCAGCGACCGGUCCUGGGUGUGGAACGCCGCCGCCGACGUGAGCGAGGGUGAGGCCGAGGCCGUCACCCUGGCCAUCCGUUUCGCCAACUCGGAAAACGCCAACCUGUUCAAGGACGCCUUCCUGCAGGCACAGAAGGACAACGAGGCCCUCUUCACUGCUGCUGAGAGCGAGACCGCCGAGCCCGCCACGGAGUCAUAA